UUGAGGAUGUAUUACAAUCGGGGUUGUUGUCUGUUAAUUCCGCAAAACGCGUCGCGACUAGUGAAAAUGUCUGUGAUAGAGUGUUACACAUCGAUUAGCUAAGAGGACAGAACCACCAUUACUCAAAAGCAACAACGAAAAAGUUUGGAAAAGGACUUGAUUGAUCAUGCCGGUGGAUGAGCGUGUGGCACGAAGCGUUGCUCUUGAGCAGGCCUACGUGCACGAUGUCUAUGAACAAUUCUACGACAACCCCAGAAGCAAGCCCUGGCCGAAGGUACAACAAUUUCUGCAAGACUUGGAGCCUGGUUCCUUGGUGUGUGAUGUUGGUUGUGGCAACGGAAAAUAUCUCAACGUGAACACCUCGAUAUUCAACAUGGGAGGCGAUAAAUCGAUCCGAUUGACUGAAGUGGCGCGCGAAAAGGAGAACGAAGUAAUAGCCCUCGACAACUUGGCUCUGCCCUUUCGCGAUGAAAGCCUGGACGCCGUGCUCUCUGUUGCUGUUGUUCACCAUCUAGCGACUACCGAAAGGCGGAUUUGUGCCCUCAGGGAACUGGCGAGGGUCUUGCGGAUCGGAGGAAGACUCAUCAUUUCCGUGUGGGCUAUGGAACAGAGCCAUCGCAAGUUCGAGUCACAGGAUGUUUUGGUUCCUUGGCACAGGCCGAAACAUUUGAGCACACCUUCGCUGGAGUUAACAUCGACUACAAACACUUCAGAAGACGACUGCCUGCCGCCAUAUCACGCGUACACACAAACUUCGGAUAGUGAUUCUAAUCGUUCAAUAAAAUCCAAAGGCAUAGUGAAAAAGCGAGGGAAAAACCGCCACAAAGGACGCUCAAUAGAUCCUGGCCGCAACUCUUCUCCAAGUAGUUCAAGUUUAUCGAGUCCAAAUGAAACUUGCUAUAGUUUUGUGCGGAGAGCCAUCCAGAAAUUAGCAGGAGGGAGAAGAGUCGGGGUGCACAGACCUUGGUUCCUGGAAAGCUGGAGUACUUGUGCUAAAGAGCCGUCACAACAACGCUACGAUCACGACGGCUGUGAAUGUUGCGACUGCACUGAGAACAUCCAAGAUAUUCCCAUCGAACUGCGAAGGGUCGACGAAGAGGACCUGCCGCAGAGGCGCCAAACGUUUCCAUCGUCUCAGCUAGUUAACGAUAUUUCCAGCAACUUGAAAUCAAAAAGCAUGACGAACAUUAAGACUGCCGAAAAUAAUAACAUUGUGAGGUCGCAAUCUAGCACUCCGAGUGUGCCGGAAAUCAAUGUGUUGCCGGAAAUUAAACCGAAAGCCACUUUAGCCAAACCUAAGUUAGUUAAGCAGAAAAAAUCGAUUUGCGAGGAAGACGACGAGGAGGCUCUGGAUCAGCCGACCGACAUGAAGACGCUAAUUAACAAUCUGCCGGAUUUUAAGGUGUUCAAUACGAGGUACCAAAGAGGGGUGUUCAAACAGAGAUCGUUGAAUGAAGAGCUAAUGUCGACGGAUCGGUUGAAGGAGAAAGAACGGGUGCGGCAAAAUAUUCAGAAACAAGCAUCUUUGAAUGAGGAUUUAAUUUAUCAACGACACCACACUUUCGACUCUUUCAAAGACUCCUUCUUUUCAGUUUCUACUUCAAAGCGCUUCCAAUUAAUCAAAACGGGUUUUACGAAUAAGAUUAAGAAUUCCGCAACGAUAGAGAAGGUUACUGGGACUUCUUUGAAAAACGGUUUCGUGAGAAUGUUCCAGAACUGGAAAAGUUCCGAUCUAAUUUCGCCGACGAUCCCCGAAAACGAUACUAUCGACCCUUUGAAGAAAUCCGUGGUGACUGAAGAAAAGAAAGAUGGUACUACUGAACGACGACACUCGAAAGAAGAUGGUUCGGAUUCUUCUAAAGACAGUAGUUUGCAAAGUGAUACUAGUGUAGAUUCCGAGGACUCGUUCGCUUCGGUUAUAUUCGUUCCGAAAUCUGAUCCUAUGUCGCCGACGCCGCUAUCACCAGGUCCCAUUUCACCUAGGCUAAAAAACUCCUCGGUCCCUAAUUCACCCAGGAUUAAACAAUCCUCUUGUCCUACUAGCCCUAGAAUUAAGCAGAUGCCGUUGACGAUAUACCCUCUGACGAAACAACUGAGCUCUCCUAAACCAACGACCGCUGAUAUCUUAUCAGACAAAUCAGAUAGGGACCAUUCAACCACGGAAAGUACAACACAACCAAGUAGUAAAAGUCUUGCACAAAAGUAUUCGGUACCUCAAAUCCCAAAAUUUAGAAGAACUAGUUUAAAUUCCCCUGUUGUUAACACCAACAACGUUAGUCCGGAAAAAUCGCCAGUAGAAAUAUCUGAAACGAGAAACGAGAGACUGAAAAAAAUUAAGGAACUACUUUCCCAGAAGCCCGGAUUCGGAGCACGAUCGACGAAAAACUAUCCAAUAGUCAGACAUUCUUCAGUAGCCAAUGGAAAAGUGGAGGCUGUCGCUAAGCCUUUGCCUAAACUAUUAUCGCUAGAACUUUUCAAUCCCGAAACCGACGAUAAAGACAGCGAUUCCAGUUGCGUAUCCUCACCCGAUUCAAUCGAGAGUGUUAUUAACGUGAGAACGGACGAAACAAAGUAUGCUGCUAGAACCAAAUUUAAAUUUCCUCCGCCGAAAAAAGAGAAUAAAACGAUGAGUCUGCUAGAAGCGGCAGCAGACGUAGCCAGUACCUUAGAUGAAGCUGUCGAAAAGGUAAUCAAAUCCAGUCCAAGAAGUAAACGAAAACUGCACACGAGCGAUGUGUUAUCGAUAAUACAACGACGCUAUUCUACGGACACUACUCCACUGCUGAGUGAAGACACUGGCCCUUCUUGGGAUGAGGAAUGUCAUCGUCAUCUAACCGAUUUUGCCGAUAGAUUAAGUGAAAAACUCCUCCAAGAGAUCGAUCAGUAUCAAGAGAAAAGUAAAGAAAGGACGCUAACGUUAUCUACAUCGAUCGAUAACAUCGACGAUCCGUAUAUUCAUCGAUUAAGCGAAGAACUCGAUGAUUUGUCCAAAUUAAGUGCUGAAAUUCAAAAACAGAAUGAGUAUUUAGCUAAGUUAAGUGCGAGUGACAGUUUAUUUAACAGACCAUGUAAAAAGUGUAAAGAAAUCGAGUGCAGAUGUUACGAUAGGACCAAAACGAAAGAACUGACGAAGCAAACUGAUCCAAAGAAAGUGCCAGUUAGUGAUUAUCAUAGUGCAAAAAAUGACGUUUUUAAAAGAUCACAUACGAAUGAUUCGUUAAGUGAAAACAACGACCUCGCUUCCACUUGUAAAUUGUCCGUUAGCAAAACUUCCAUUAAGAUGGGUACUUCUACCGAUUCCUGCGAUUCAGAUAAAGGGAGUAGCACCAAUUCCAUGAUAUCUAGUGUGGCAACGUCUAUCAACUUCGGUCAAUCGGUAGAAUCAGCCGAUGGGCUCGAGAGCCACAAAGACACGAACUCCAUCAGCAGGUACAGCGACGGAGGAAGUACCGCGUCAUUGGCGUCUUGUCCAGAAUGGAAAACCAUCAAAUCAAAACCUGAGGAACGGUUGUCGAAUUCCACCGUCAGCCUCGACAGUGAUUCGUCGAAGAAACGCGAAAAAGCAACACUCUUAAGCGAUACGUCACAGGAUUCGUUGCCUUCCGACAAUAUCGGCGGCGAAAUAACUUAUCACAGAUAUUAUCAUGUGUUUAGAGAGGGUGAAUUGGACCAAUUGAUAGAAAAAUAUGUAGAAAACCUCCACAUUAUAUCGUCUUAUUACGACCACGCCAGCUGGUGUAUAGUUGCCGAGAAAGUGCAAGUAUGGACUAUCUGACGUGUUGCAAUAGAAAAGAAUUUACGUCAAAGCACAAUGUACAUAAAUGUUCUCUUUACUAUAGGCAUUCAGAUAGUUGCAGGCCACUCAUCUUAAGCGAAGGUUAGGCUCAUUUCCACUUCUCGAUCAUGCACAGAACAUGUUUGAAAUUUAAAUCAUCACUUAAGUUUAUCCUGACUGGACUAUUAGAUUUUGAAACGUAGGCCUUAACCUUCGACUGUAUAGAGUUUUUCAUAUGCCUACCUACGUACUAAAUGCUAAGACGCCUACCUUGUUAGAAAUGAAUAGAACUCUAUUACAGUUAUCAGGAUUGUCUAGAUUGCCGAAUGAUCACAUUCUUUUUUCGGAUGUUAUAAUCUUUCAAGCUCAAAACUGACCUAGUCAUACUUUGUGUGUUUAUGUAAAAUAUAGCAAAAAUUAGCUCUUAUAUUUUUUAUACAAUUAAAAUAAUAUGUGUAAUUUAUUGAUGAAGGAUCAUUUCGAAUUGAUUAUCUAAUAUUUAAGUUUCACUAAUGCAACAUUUUUUAUUUCAUAUUUUCUAUUGUAACUACUUUUAACGCGUAACUUCCCGUUUACAAGAAUAGGAUGAAUAAUGACAGAAAAACGUACAGUAAACCUAUCACACGUCGUUUUUGUCUAUUUAAAGUUUAACGAUCUUUUGAACAAACUAAACUGCAAAACUAGCCACAAUGUUAUUUACACCUUACUCUUGCUCAUCUCAUUCUUGCUUUUCGCAAAAGUUUUUAGUUUAUUUCCACCAAAUGUCUUGAGGUUUGUUAUAGUCUAGACUUGAGCAUCAUUCUUUUUUGAAUAUCUGCCUUAAUAUCGAAAAUUUCAAUAUAAUGAAAACUGAAACAUGAAAAAGAUAAUAGAAGCUUAAACAUUUUUUUACAUGUAAACGUUUGGUUUUAUCACACAUAUGAGGCACACUUUGUUUUGUGAACAUAUGCAGAAACUUAUCAAGGAAUAAGUAAGUUUAAAAUUCGAUAACUUAAAUACUAAUCAUAUUUUUCCAAAAACUGCAAAUGUUAGCUAAAUUUUCUGUGCUUUCAAAUUUGACUCUUGUUUGUAAACUGAUUAUUGGCUCUGAUUUCAUAUUUUAAACUUGCAUUACAUUUUUUUAGUGAAAUCUCGUUUAAUCGUUGAUUACGUUUAGUUAGGCAAUGUAAAAAUAUCAAAAAUUUCAACCCUUACCAUCAAAAACUUUACUCAAAAAUUAUAUCUUAUUCUUAUUAUGAAAAAAAUAAUGAUGUCUCGAACCCAUGGAGAAACUUCAAGAACGCAUAAUUAAUUACAUAUAAUUAAAUAAAUAUCUGUCAAGCUUAUUUGAAAAAUAUUACUAGUCGCUGUUUAUCAUUGAAAUAUUUGAUAAGUUAGUACCUUACACAAAAUUUUUUUGAUACGCACGUCACAGGAACACAAAACAAAAAAGUGCAAAAAUACUUUUAGAUGAGGUACUAGCGACAAUGUAAAAUUCGGUAGAUUUACGUGACAAUAAACAAUGUUACGAUAAUAUUAAAAAAAAAAUAAUAAUAAUUGGUUUGCAGUAAUAUGAUGAAUUACGUGUCUCUUCAACUAUGUAAAUCAUAGAAUUUCAGGGGGUAGAAUGAUAAAUUCCAACAAGACACAGAAAAAAGAUUUUACUCCAAGGAAAGCUAUAUUUUCUAUCCUUUUAGUAAGUAACAUCCAGUUUAGAGUGUGUACAACCGAUGCUGCAGAAAUAGCCGUAGCCAAUUUGCCGGUAAAAAGACAAUGUGACAGGGAGAUACAACUUUCUUUGGGAUCAAGUAGUGUUUGCGAUCAUUCUACCCUUUCUAAUUCUAUGAUCUAAAUGCAAAUGCCAUCAUUCACAAUUAGUGGUGUUAGACACAAAAACCAAGUCUUCCAACGAUCUGAUGGUGGAAGAUUACUAGUUUUGGUUGGUCACUGAAGAAAGUAUUUUAAUACUUCUUGAUACAGGGUUCUUGGAUCUAAAAAUGUUUACCAUCAUGCGCAAAAAGUUAUAGUCUCUCCAAAUAGAAUACAUAACAUAUUUUAUUCUUUAUAGCAAAAAGUGGCAACUGCACUGAACUGAGAUUUUUUAACAAGCAGUUCUUGCUAUAUUUGUGUUAUUUUUUUAGUAACAUAUCAGUUAAAAAAUUAAGAAUUAGUCGGAAUAUUGGCAGAGUUGGGAAUGAAUCCAAAUGCAAUAAAUGAAAUUACAGGAGUAAGAGGCUUCAUUUGUAUCAUUAGAAUAGGAAAUAAUCCGUACUUCAAAAUGAUCAAAAUUUAGAAUCAUUAGUUGAAGGUAUCCAAGAAACACCGAACAGAGUACCGAACUCAGUAAAUGAGAUAUGUUCACUAGAAUAAAUGAGAAUAGCCGCAGAAGAGUACAAGUUUGCUUACAUGCACAAAGCAGGAAUUUUGAACAUCUUCUCUGGUGUUUAGUUGGUUAUGCUUUCAUGGAUUUUUCUUUUUGUUGGUUUUGUAUUUGUUAUGAUUUCUGAUGGUCUUAUUAAAUGUUUUUUUUUAUUUAUUUAUUACUGAAAAAUAACAACGGUAUUAAACAAAUGAAGGCGAACCGAUAAAACUACAUGAAUAGACCGUUGUACCAUAUUCCUUUUAUAAUUGUUGCUAUACUUACAAAUUUAAAGAUGUAAAAAUAUAUUGAGUGUUCUGUUUAAAAAGUGCACCUGCCAACGGAAAGUUGAUGAAACUUCUGGCUGAUUUCGGUCAGGAUGUGUCGAAGUAUUUUUUAAAUAAUUUGCCACAAACGCGUAAUGUGCACCAUCAGAUCGUUCGGGAUAAUCACCAUUGUUAAAAGCAUUUAUAACCUUUACCGUGAAUGACAAAUCAGACAAAAACACUUAAAACAUUCUGCGAACCACCUAUCUACGUGAUGGUUGAUAUUUUUUCACAAUUAGCUAUUCCAUUUAUAAAAUAAAUACAAGUAAAAUGACCAAUGGUCAAACUGCACAAGGUUUUGCAUUUGAAAGUAUGUAUUUAAAACCACCAACAUCUAUGUCGUUUUUCUGUUAUAAUUCCUCCAUUGCCAACAAUUAAAUUUAAUAAAUUAAUAACGGCUGCAACUUCAGAUUUGUGUGGACAGAAAGAUUCAAAAAUACAAUAUAUUUUACAUAUUUUGUAUUUUUAUUAUUGUGAUAAUUUAACUACAAUUACAAAUUAUAUUUUUGAUCAACACUGGUAUUUCAUAUUUUUUGACCACAUGGUUCUAGGGUUUGAUAUAAAGAAUGUUAGAAAAGGAGAAUAGGAUGUUACUAGUCUAAAACCGAAAUGUAAGUGUUCCCCCCAAAGAUUUCUAAAUAUGUUUAACAAACUACUAACUGCCCCAAAUUAUG